AUGGGUCCCGAUCUCGGCCUUCCAGAUGAAGAGAUCGACCGCCUUCUUUCGGAAGCCGAGGCCCGGCUUUCUGGGAAUGCCAGUGUAGACGCCGCGGCUGCCGCGCCGGCCGCGCCGGCCGCAAAGACAGCAGCAAGCCUCGCGGUGCCUCGCCCACCAAUCACUGGGGAACAGACAACAGUCCCGGAAAAGAAGUCCGAGAAGCUGUCGGUCAGGGUUCCCCAGCUAGCUGAGAAGAAGAAGGGACCAAAAGACACGCUAGGCGCCGACUGGUUUAACAUGCCUCGUACCAAUCUCACACCCGAGCUGAAGCGCGAUCUUCAGGUGCUGAGGAUGCGUGACGUGGCCGCCAUGGGCAAGCAGUUCUUUAAGAAGGAUACCCGGAGAGACUUGGUGCCCGAAUAUAGCCAAGUAGGGACGAUCAUCGCUGGCGCGACAGACGGCAUGAACAACCGUCUUACGCGCAAGGAGAGGAAGCGGACCAUUGUGGAGGAAAUCCUGGCUCACGACAAUGUGUUGUUGCACUCGACAUCCACCAUCGUCGAGGGUCACGCAGAGAUGAACGCGCCGCGGUUAAUACGGCCAUUACGGCCCCUUGCCCAGGGUAAACUGCCCCUCGCGACUGCUCGACCGGCCGCGGUCGCCAUCCCGCGAGCCUCGACACAGCUUCGUAGCUAUGCUUCGGUCGCCAGCGCUGCCGAGCCGGCCGAUGCGCCGAACAACUCCGACAAGCCCCGGAUCUCCCGCAUGCCGCGCGCGCUGGAGGCGCUCUACCUGAAGCCGCUCCGGCGCGAGGCCGAGUACGGCGUGCCGACGUGCAACCUGCAGCUGCGCUCCUACUCGGUGCGCAACCUCGAGUUCUUCUGCGACUUUGCCCUGCGCGCGGCCUACUACGCCGGCCUGCCCGCCUACGGGCCCGUGCCGCUGCCGCGCAUGGUCGAGCGCUGGACGGUGCCCAAGUCGACCUUCAUCUUCAAGAAGAGCCAGGAGAACUUUGAGCGCAUCACGCUGCGCCGCCUGAUCCAGAUCAAGGACGGCCACCCGGAGACGGUCCAGCUCUGGCUGGCGUUCCUGCAGAAGCAUGCCUAUUAUGGGAUCGGUAUGAAGGCAAACAUUUGGGAGUUCAGCAAGCUGGACGUCGGCAAGGAGAUGGACAAGAAUUUGGAGGAGGUGGAGAAGGAGAUGGAGGGCAAGUGGGAGUACCUGAGCUACGUGGACCGGCGGCCAGAGUUCAAGAAGGGCAAGGACGAAGGUCCCCGCGAGCAGCUCCCUGCGCCGGAAGAGAUCGAGGAGCUCCUGGCCAAGGAGAGGAGACGGAUCUCGGGUGAAUCAUCACAAUCGCCCUCGUCCAACACCGUCGCCGAGGAUGAGGCCGGGUCCGUCGUGGCCAAGGCUUCUCAGAAGCCGAGUAGCACGCCGUCUGAGAAAGGCGGCAAAAUCAUAUUUUCGGGCAUCCAGCCGACCGGCGUCCCUCACCUUGGCAACUAUCUCGGGGCCAUGCGCGAGUGGAAGCGCCUGCAAGACACGGCCGAGCCCGACACAAAACUGUUCUUUUCCAUCGUUGACCUGCACGCCCUCACCAUUCCACGGCCGCGAGAGGAACUGUUUGAGAACAGGCUGAAGAUGAUGGCCAGCUUGCUCGCCACCGGGCUCAACCCGAACCGGGCCGCCAUCUUCUUCCAGUCGUCCGUGGGCGAGCACGCGGAGCUGCAGUGGAUUCUGAGCUGCACCGCGUCGAUGGGAUAUCUCUCGCGUAUGACCCAGUGGAAGGCGGCCGAUAUCUUGCUGUAUCGCGCCACCCACGUCCCCGUGGGCGAGGACCAGCGCCAGCACCUCGAGUUCGCGCGCGAGUGCGUGUCCAACUUCAACCACACGUACAAGACGAACUGUCUGGUGCAGCCCGAGACCCUGAUCUCCCCAGCCAGGCGCAUCAUGUCCCUCUCCAACCCGCUCCAGAAGAUGUCCAAGUCCGACCCCUCGCCAAAGUCGCGCAUCCUCAUCACCGACACGCCCGAGGAGAUCGCCAAGAAGAUCAGGCACGCCGUGACCGAUUCCACCGACAAGGUCACGUACGACCCGGCCAACCGGCCCGGCGUGGCCAACCUGAUCGAGAUCCUGUCCAGCUUCGACCCCCAGGGCCGCGCCCCAGCGCGGCUGGGCGAGCAAAUGGAAGGCUACAAGAUCGCCGAGCUGAAGCAGGUGGUGGCCCAGGUCGUCAGCGACGAGCUGGCCGAGAUCCGCGAGCGCUACCGCCAGUACAUGUCUGACCAGGAGAAACUGAAGGAAGUUGCCUUCCAGGGUACCGCUGCGGCGAGGGCCACCGCAAGAACCACCAUGGGCCACGUAAAGAGAGCCAUCGGGCUGGGUGUCUGA